GGAGGCGGAGGAAAGCGGCCUGUGGCAGAGGGGGCUGGUCGACGGGGUUGGAUUUAGUGUCUGUCCCGCCGCUUUGGUGAAGUUGGAUUUGUUUUAUCAUGGCCGGACGCGGGAAGAGGAAAGCUGCUUCCCGAAGCUCAGAGGUAAUGAAUGGAGGAAACUCGAAGAAUCCGGUGCCUGAAGACGGUAAGAAAAACCGAGGAGAGAAUAUCGGCGUUCCUGAAGAAUUACGAAAGGAGGUUCAGCGUCGCUACAAGCUUCCGAUGCCGGAAGAUUUUUAUCACUUCUGGGAAUUCUGCGAGAAGCUAAACCCAGGGAAUCCGUGUGAAGCACUGAAGUUGAGCCUUGGACUGCGACUUGUUGGGCCUUUUGAUAUCCUGGCAGGAAAACCUAAAGGAACAAAAAACCCAGAGCCUAAUUACCUGCUGCACUGGCGGUACUUCUAUGACCCCCCUGAAUUUCAGACCGUCAUCAAGGGAGACUCCGAGACUCAGCAUCACCUUGGCUAUUUCAGGGAUACUCCAGAAGAAUUGCCAGUGUUUGUAGGUGCAAACAUGGCCAAGAAUGGCUGCUCAGUAGUUCAGAUGGGAGACAAUUUGUUCAGUGCUGUAAACCUCCUUUUGUCCAGAAGACUGAAGGAAAUGAGUAAUAAAAGUCAGAGCAGUGUUUUGAAAGAGCUCGAGUCGAAACUGACUGCGGUAGCGAAGAAAUUAGGUUAUUCCCUAGAGCAAAAAACUAAAGAAAUGAAACAAAGAGAUAGGAAGGUUGCUGCCAGAACUUUUCAUGGUGCUGGUUUGGUUGUCCCAAUAGAUAAAACCGGUGUAGGUUACCGGGAGCUCCCUGAGACCGAUGGAAGUCUUAAAAAGAUCUGUAAAGCAAUUGUGGAAGCACCGACUGAUGAAGCUCGGAUUAAAGCUUUUGCCCCAAUCCAAGAAAUAAUAACCUACGUUCAGUUUGCGAAUGAUGAAUGUGACUAUGGAAUGGGAUACGAACUAGGAAUUGAUCUCUUCUGUUACGGGUCCCACUACUUUCACAAAGUAGUGCAGCAGUUGUUACCGUUGGCCUACAAGCUCCUGAAGAGGCACCUAUUUGCUGAGAUUAUUGAGGUUCACUUGGCCAACAGGAAUUGGGAUGAUCUGGACCAACUGAAUGCUUGAUUUUUUUUUGCCAAAACAAGAUUGUGGAUGUUUACAAAGUAUUGAAUUCACAAACUUAGUGCAUAAGCUAGAAUGUUUUGUCUGAAUUGUAAUUUGUGUAUUUUCAAUAAUGAAUGUAGUGUCUUUUUUUUUUACUACAAUAAAGAUCCUUUGCUGUUGUUCCUGAA